AUGUCAUCGACUAAACAUCAAACAUCAAUCCCCGUCGAGUCAUUUGAAAGUAUUUUGGCCAAAAUACUAGACAAGUCAAAUGAUCACACUAUGAAGUGUUUCGAUAAUCUGCUUAAGAAAUCUAACGAAAACCUAGAAAAAGUCAUAACUCUGUCCAACAACAGUCUUGAAAAGAUAUUUGAAAAGUUUGACUCCAGCCUGACGUUGGUUAUUGAAAAGUCAAACGAAAAUUUGCGCAAAUCACUGGCUAACUCGGAGGGUUUAAUGAGCAAACUUUUUGAAUCAACAUUGCUGCGAAUGGAGGCCCUCAGUAAUAGCUUCGAGCGAGCAGUCAAAAGUAUUGUCUCUGAGUGUCAGAAACAGGUAUUGAAGCUCAACGAGACACCAAUGAUUGAGCAGAUGACCAAGGCUCUGUGGAUAGUUGAACGAGAGCGUAAAGAUGAGGAACGCCGAGCCAAUAACGUGAUCAUUUCUGGUCUUGUGGAGCAAUCAGGAAUCAAUGACAGAGAUAUUCUCAAAACUAUGUGUUACCUUGUCCGGACCAUCGGCAGUAGGAUCCUACAUUCAAAGCCUGAUACGAGGAAUAUUUUUAUAAACUUUGAUUUGUCAAAAAGACAGGCAGAACAAGCUUACAUCAAGCGCCAGGCACGACGCCUUGCCAAAUCAGCCGGUCACAAAUCGAAAGAGGAAGAGACUGACAAAGAACAGCCCUUUCGUUAA